AGAUAAAUAAAAAAUAACAUGCAUGAAAAAGUCAAAGGACUUGGAUUGUAAACUUUUAGGCAAAGAUGAUUACCAAAACGGGCCAGCCCGCGGCCCGUAUGAUUUACUGAAACACAGGUGCAAAAUUUUUUCACAUCCCUCCGUGAGACACUGCGCCAGACACAUUCCUCACACACUCUGCGACUCUUCUCGACUCUCUUCUCUGCGCCAUACCCGCGUUUCUCCUCCACCCACGUCGCCACAGGCCACCACGAAACACGAAGGCAGAGUGCAGCAGCCCACUCACGGCGUCUCGUUUCUCCUCCACCGUGACAUCCACCACGUCGCUGGCAGCAGCGAGAAAACGCAGCGCAGUGCACGGAGAAUGCAGAACCACCAUCGGAAUGCGAUUCGUGGACGAUUCCGACCGCCACGACUACCGCGAAGACAGAUAUUGGUGAUGAUGUUCUGCCCCUUUCGUAUGAUCCUUAUGAACUAUCUAAUCAAUAAAAAGUUCAACUGGAAAAGCUCGCAACUUGCUAACAGAUUCUCCUCUUCCCUCGCUUUUGUGGAAAACCCAUUUGGUUCAUGUGCAAAACAUGAAGAAAAGUUCACAUUUUCCAACCCAGUUGGGUUCUUACGUGAUUACAAGUUUUCAGGGAAGAGUGUUGGAAACACGGAAAUCUUGCAUGCCCAUUUGCUUAAAACUUGUGAUUUACAAUCUGAUAUCUUCUCCAUGAACACUUUGCUCGAUUGGUACUGCAAAUCUGCUGACAUGGUUAUUGCCUACAAGCUGUUUGAUACAAUUGCUCUUCCUAAUCUUGUUUCUUGGAACAUCAUGAUAUCAGGUUGUGACCAUAAUUCAAUGUUUGAGAAGUCACUGGAGAUGUUUCGUAGAAUGCAUUUUCGUGGUGUUGAGCCUGAUGAGUUUAGUUAUGGAAGUGUUCUUUCAGCCUGCAGUGCUCUGCGAGCACCAAUAUUUGGCAAGCAAGUUUAUGCACUUGUAACGAAGAAUGGUUUUCUUUCCAGUGGUUAUGUUCAGACUCGAAUGGUGGAUUUGUUUUCUAAAAACUGCAACUUUAAGGAGGCUUUAAGGUUUUUCUAUGAUGCUUCGCGUGAUAAUGUGGCAUGUUGGAAUGCUAUUAUUUCCGUGGCAGUUAAAAGUGGAGAAAGCUCGGUUGCUUUGAAUCUGUUUCGCCAAAUGCACCAUGCAUAUGUAAUGCCAAAUAGUUAUACAUUUCCAAGCCUCUUAACAGCAUGUGGUGCUCUUAAAGAGUUGCAUAUUGGGAGAGGAGUUCAUGGGCGGGCUAUCAAAUGUGGUGCGACAGAUGUCUUUGUGGAGACUUCUAUUGUUGAUUUCUAUGCAAAAUUUGGAUGUAUGAAUGAAGCUUUUAGACAAUUUUCCCAAAUGCAAGUUCACAAUGUGGUCUCCUGGACUGCAAUCAUUUCUGGAUUUGUGCAAGAGGAUGAUAUUAUUUUUGCACUAAAGCUUUUCAAAAAUAUGAGAGCAAUAGGGCAGGAAACAAAUAACUAUACUCUUACUAGUGUACUUUCUGCAUGUGCAAAACCCGGGAUGAUUAAGGAGGCUGGCGAAAUUCAUUCCUUGGUAUUAAAAUUAGGGUUGAAUUUGGAUCCUAAGGUUGGAACUGCUUUGAUCCAUAUGUAUGCAAAAAUAGGAGAACUUGGACUAUCCGAGUUAGCCUUUGGUGAGAUUAAAAAUAAAAAGGAUCAGUGCACAUGGGCAGCCAUGUUGUCUUCUUUUGCACAGAACCAAAAUUCUAGAAGGGCAGUUGAGUUGUUCCUUUUAAUGUUAGGAGAAGGUGUGAAACCUGAUGAGUAUUGUAUUAGUAGUGUGUUAAGCAUUAUGAACUGCUUAUUUCUAGGAUCACAGAUAAAUGGUUACAUUUUGAAGUCUGGGUUAGUUGCUGAUGUUUCUGUUGGCUGCUCACUUUUAACAAUGUAUUCAAAGUGUGGUUGUUUGGAAGAAUCUUACAAAGUUUUUCAGCAAAUUCCAGCCAAAGACUAUGUUUCAUGGUCCUCCAUGAUUUCUGGUUUUGCAGAGCAUGGGUAUGCAUAUCGAUCUCUUCAGCUAUUUAAAGAAAUGCUAUAUCAAGAAAUUGAACCUGAUAACAUUACCUUAACCUCUACUUUAGCUGCAUGUUCUGAUCUUUGUUUCUUAAAAACUGGCAAAGAAAUUCAUGGUUAUGCUCUGCGUUUAGGAAUAGGAACAAACAUAGUUGUUGGUGGUGCACUUGUAAACAUGUAUUCAAAUUGUGGAGGCUUGAACAUAGCAAGGACAAUGUUUGAUACGCUGCCACAAAAGGAUGCAUUUGCUCUUUCUUCCCUGGUCUCAGGUUAUGCUCAAAAGGGUCUAAUUGAAGAGUCACUUUUGUUAUUCUGUGAUAUGCGCCAAACUGAUAUGACAGUAGAUGCCUUCACAAUUUCAUCGAUUCUUGGGGCUGCUGCAGUUUUGUAUCGGUCUGACAUUGGAGCACAACUGCAUGCCUACACUGAAAAAUUGGGCUUACAAGCAGCUGUAUCUAUUGGUAGUUCGCUGGUGACAAUGUACUCGAAGUGUGGAAGUAUCGAGGAUUGUCAGAAAGCAUUUGAUGAUGCUGAGAAGCCUGAUCUGAUAGGUUGGACAUCCAUCAUAGUGAGCUAUGCUCAACAUGGUAAGGGUGCAGAGGCUUUAGCUUCUUAUGAACGUAUGAGAAAAGAAGGAAUCCAGCCUGAUGCCGUAACUUUUGUUGGGAUUUUAUUGGCAUGUAGUCAUAAUGGGCUGGUUGAAGAAGCCUUCUUUUACUUUAAUUCAAUGUGUCAAGACUACAAUAUUAAGCCAGGUUAUCAUCACUAUGCUUGUCUUGUUGAUCUUCUUGGUCGAUCAGGUAGACUGAGGGAUGCUGAAAGUAUAAUUUACAAGAUGCUUGUUCAGCCCAAUGCUUUAAUAUGGGGAACUUUGCUUGCUGCUUGCAAGGUCCAUGGUGAUUUUGAACUAGGCAAGUUAGCAGCCAAAAAGAUAUUGGAAUUGGGACCAAGUGAUGCUGGAGUGUACGUGUCAUAUUCAAAUAUCUGUGCAGAUGUAGGACAGUGGGAAGAAGUCACAAAGAUUAGAAACUCAUUGAAGGGAACAGGGAUGAAGAAGGAGCCUGGUUGGAGCCUUAGUAGCUACUAACUGAUCUGUUGAAUUCCUUACAUAAACAAAUGGUAAAAGAAUGGUGAGUUUGACAUUUGAAGACUAGAUUCAUGUGUAUCAGGACAAUGACCGCUCUGGAUGAUGCUAGAGUUAUCAUCUUAAGAAAUGCCAAAAUAUACUGAUACAACAAUAAUGUUGUAUUCAAUUGCAAAUACUUUCACAAUCCUGAUGCAUAAAUAUGCAAGGAAACAUAGCUUGGCAUUUGUAUCCCAUUUUGUGGCCAAUUUCUACAUUGAAGUGACUUUUGCACUUGGGCGGCAUCAUAUACAUAAUGAUCAAAUUGUUGUGCAAAACUGCUAUGGUGUAAUAUUGCUUGGGGAGUUUCUAUGGUGCAUAUGGCAGGUGAAAUGAUACUAAACAUACGGUUAGAAUAUUAGGUUUUUGCUGGUGUUUAGCUAAUAGAUUUGACUAACUAGUUUUUGCUCCAAUUUUUGAUUUCUUGUACUAAUUUGAGUUUCCUAACACGUUUAUUUUGGGUUUUGAAUAGUUUGAUUCUGUUUUUAGUUUCUUUUGUGUUUAAACCUGUUUAGAUAAUUCUUUUGCUGAUUUUAGUAGUAGCUUUUAGUUUGAACUUCGUUUGCUGUUUUUUAAAACUUUUACAGAUUCAUUGAGUCUUAUUCUGCUGUCUUAGCUGUCUUCUUUUGAGCAUAGUGUUAAAUUGCCAAUUCUUAAGUUGAGAGAUUCCCAACUAUUUGAUCCAGUCACUCAUUGAUUGUAGAGUAGAUUUUCUUGAUAAUUUCAGUUUUAGAUCAGUUUGGCACAUUUUGAUCUUGUAAGACUUGAACCUUAUUUGCUUCUUUUGUGUGAUGCACUCAUGAUUUCUAGUAAUGGCAGAACUUGAAUUGACUCUAUUUAACAUAGCUUGUUUCAAUUACAUCUUGAGGUGAUAGAGGCCAUUUUUGUUUCUUUAGCCACUUGACCAAAUAAAGCCUACCUUGAACUUAUUUUUCCAUUGAAGCCAAUUUUUUAGCCUGUUUAGCUUGUUCUAUGUGAUUUACCAGCUCAUGAUAAGUCCUUAUACCAGAAAAACAAUGUAUACCUUGCUAUUGAGCUGUGAAGGGCUUUGGAACUGUUUUGGGAGAUUUUUGGUGAAAUUCAAGUGUGGGGAAUCACUACAAAAAAAAAA